ACACAAGCUAAACACACGCUUCCAAUCUCCACCUUCCACGUGUCUCUCUAUCCAACGGUCCUAAUUUUAGACCUAGCUCCCUCCACAUGCCUUUAAAAAUCUUCUCAGUUCUCUAUUCUCUUCUUCCUAUCCUCAAGAUCUCAACUCACUCAUUCAUCUUCAAGCUCUGUCUUUUUCUCUUUCUGCACUAAAAUCCACUUUCUCUUUCUAGAUUUUCGCCAUUUUUUCUUCUCAAGAUGCUUCUCAGAGCUUCUCCAGCUUUCUCUCUACUUUCCAACAAUGGCGGUGUUGUUGACACACACGCGCUCUCGUCGGAGAAUUCUUUGAUAACUUCUCCGUCUUUUCUCCGGAUUCCGUCGGCCAAAAACCAUAGCAGUGGAUUUUCUGUCUUAGCUGCUGCUGAAUCUAACAGUCGUCCUUUAACUGGCGUCAUUUUUGAGCCAUUUGAGGAAGUUAAAAAAGAACUUUCUAUGGUUCCUACUGUACCUCAGGCUUCCAUUGCUCGUCAAAAGUAUGCCGAUGAGUGUGAAGCUGCCAUUAAUGAACAAAUUAAUGUGGAAUACAAUGUUUCUUACGUUUACCACGCUAUGUUUGCGUACUUUGACCGAGACAAUGUGGCACUCAAGGGUCUUGCUAAGUUUUUCAAGGAAUCUAGUGAGGAGGAAAGAGAGCAUGCUGAGAAAUUGAUGGAGUACCAGAACAUGCGUGGUGGAAGGGUGAAGUUGCAAUCAAUACUGAUGCCUCUCUCUGAAUUUGAUCAUGAAGAGAAAGGAGAUGCUUUACAUGCUAUGGAACUUGCCUUGUCCUUGGAAAAGCUUACAAAUGAAAAAUUGUUGAACUUGCAUCAUGUAGCUGAGAAAAACAAUGAUGUGCAAUUGCAAGAAUUUGUUGAGGGAGGCUUCUUAAAUGAACAGGUUGAAGCUAUAAAAAAGAUCUCAGAAUACGUUGCUCAGCUUCGGAGAGUUGGCAAGGGACAUGGUGUAUGGCACUUCGAUCAAAUGCUUCUUCGUGAAGGAGAUGCAGCUGCUGCUUAAAGAAGCGUGUGAUUUCUCAUCCAGAUUUUUGUCGACAUAUCAUUGGAGAUCAGAUCCAUCCAGCAGAAUUUGUGCAAUGUGAUUUUUCAGUAUCCAAAUCGGGUUGUUUUAUUCCAAUAAUAACAUCUACGCUAGGUAAUUCUACUCAAAAAGAAUGUAGUCCUACUUUCGGUUGAUUUAGCUGUUAGGAAAUUCCGAGUAGGAAGAAUGUAGUCGACUGUGCUUUCUUUGCAUUCUACCUAUAUAAUUGAAGGAAUUACUAUGCUCUA